GACUGGGAAUCGUGAUAGCUAGUGGAAGCAAUGAUCAGCUGUUCGGUGGCAACUGCUCUUGACUUUUAGGCCUAAGAAUAGACCAGUCACUUCCAUUAGGCAAAAUGAGCACCACUAUACAUUAAAAGACCCUAUUAUAGAUCUGCCCUUCUGAUCCAGGUUUGAUGUCAUCCUUCGGGAUAGUGACAAUAAUGCUGCUGAUGCACCUGAUGUUCGUACCAUAGGAAUAUGAUUGACUAUAGCUGCUGCUUGAAAAGUGGAUGAAGGAGGGAGGAUACACUUGAAUUUGAGUCAAGCUGUUUUCCAAGUUACCGUCGUCCCUUAAAGGCUCGGAAUACGACAUUACCUCAAGGACGUUGCCAAGGUUACAUUUUCAUCUCGCAUUUCGAUGAGGUCGGUCAAGGAAUCAUGGAUCUCUUUCGGAGCAGACAGACGGUCCCAAAGAUUGUUAUAGUGUUUUCGGGUGCUCUCUUCCUAUACUGUGUGGUCAUACUGAAAUCUUACCAGAGAAAACCGCCACCAACAGGAGAACCCGUCGACUGGAAGCAUCUCCCACCGAGACCUCACUUCCCGAAACACGUCCCCAUUCCGCUUCCAUCACCUACCCCCUUCGAUGGGCUCGACCCGGCGAUCUUCACAACGAACCGGACAAUCGAAGACCCGGUCAUCUUGGAGCGAUUGUACCGGCAGCUUCGGAUCGUAACCGCUUUUUCCCAGAACCAUUAUAAAGAAGCACUGGGACUCAUCGGAACGGUUCAAAAAGAGAUGCCGGAUAAGGAUCUUGUGAUUUACGAUCUCGGGAUAGAUGCGGAUACUAUAUACAAGGUUAAAAAGCUGUGCCACGUUGAAGUAAGAAGUUUUCCGUUUGAUGAAUAUCCACCCCAUGUGAAGGAUCUACAUACAUACGCUUGGAAAGUCAUCAUCAUUAAUGCGACCCUUCAGGAAUUCGGUUCCAUCUUCUGGGCAGACUCUUCCAUUCGCUUCAAGAAAUCGUUACGUGAUCUUAUUCCUUACGUCACCCGUCACAAAGGAUAUAUGACCCAUUUUCACUCAUUUGAUCCGCGUGGAACCCAAGACACCCCGAAGGGCCACAUCUAUUACUUCACCUCUCCAAAAAUGUUUUCUGCUCUUGGAGUCAAGCGACCCGAGUAUUUUGAGUCACGAAAUAUCACUCCGCAUGCGGCGGCGAACAGACAAAUAUUUAUCGGGAAUCCCCUUUUGCGGGAAAAGUUGGUUGACCCCUUAUUAGCAUGCGCGCUCGAUCGCGCGUGUAUCGCUCCAACCGGCGCGCGGUUGGGGAAGCACCGUUUCGAUGCAUCCGCUUUGUCGUUGCUCUUGUACAAGAAUCUGAGGGGAGAGUGGUCAUCAGCGAACAACGACAAUACAGUCUUUGACGACGUUGUUGAUAUACGACGAACCACAGUCGACUGGCAUUUAGCCCGUUAUUGCGAAUCAACUCAAAAUGUGAAGUGAUGCAGCUGGGCCAAAUUAUUUGCGGAAACGCGUGACUCAAUACGAAUGACAGAUGUAUAUUUAUAAACGAAAUCUCUAAAGAAGUAUGGUGAGCAGCUUUAGGCCUCCAUGCCUCCCCCAAAUAAUGAUUGUCAGCUUCCCCUGCUUUCAUUUUAGCCUACCACAUCUUUUGUGAUAAUGGAAUAUUGGUUCCCUUUUAGAACAAGGCUUUUUAUGAUUUUUUUUUAUUUCUUACGUUUUGUCAAUUACCCCUCCCCCUCAGAAAGGGAUAUUGUCCCAAUCAAAUUGA